AAUUACAGUUCAAUCCGGACGCAACAUACGACACCUGCCCUGCAUAGUGCGCAAGUCGGGACGCUCUGGGACCUGCAUGUUUGCCAUCGAUUGCAUCAAGCAGAAUGGCACGCACUUGGGCACAUGCAUCGAUCGAUUCUACUUUGGCUCGUGCUGUGCUCUGAAGGAAGAGGCCUCGCUGUUUGCGUCCGAGAUUAACGAUAACAGCAUCGACCAGAACACCAUCUCGCACUUUCCCCACGAAUCAACCACUUUGCCAACAAGCGCGCUUUUCAAACUCACCACCGAGGCCAGCAGCACCACCCACAGUUACAAUUAUCAGCAGCAGCAAAAUACCGCCAGCGAACUGCUCAAAAAUGUGACACAAAGCUAUUUAAGCAGCAUUAAACCCGUGCGCACCACCAGCAGCAGCAGCACCGGCACCGCAGCGUCGAGCCACACGUCUAGCUCAACACGCCGUCCAACUAUUGUGCACACCACGCAUAAGAACUCACAUUUUGUGGUGCGCACCACACCAAAGCCCAGCACUGCACCAACGCUGACAGUUACUGCGAAACCGACACGUCGUCGCACCACCACUACCCGACCAGUGCUAACCACUGCAUCAGCUGUUGAGCACCGGACUGAAACAACCACAGUGCCCAGCAGGUUUGUCACUUUCCAAAUAGUGGAGACAACCACUCCAACAGUCACCGAACCUACGCACCACUUGCCCGAAACAACCACCAGAAGGCACACCAGACCCACAACAAGCAGCAGCACCAGCACUGCAGCUGUGAAGACAACAAGCAGAACAACAACAACCACCGCCGCAACGCCUGCAAGCAUCCCAACAAAAAGAACAACAACAACAUCCACGACAACAGCCCGACCAACACCACCGCUGCGCACCACAACGCUAAAGCCACAAAAGCAACAGCCGAGCAGACGGCCAGCACCACCCAAGAAACCAAUAGUAUUCAGUAACACAACAACAACAGCGACACGCAGGCCCAUCGAGAGCAGCAGCAGCACAGCAACAACAUUGCCCGCUCGCAAGCCAGCCCACAGCACCACCAGCUCAACAUCGACAAUAUCACACAGCCAUAAAACAUCAACAAGCAAAUUGCCAGAGCGAACAACUCUAGCGCCCCGGCCAAAGCCACAACCAACGGGUGAGAUUGUCAAGGUGCCAGCAUUGCUGGCGGAUGCCAACAGCAGCACAACAUUCACAGCAACAGCGGCAACGACAAGUGCAGCAGCAAGCACAAAAGUUACGCGCAGACCAGUAACAAGUACCAGCAUCAGCAGUAGCAGCAGCAGCUCAGCAACAGCAACAACAUCAGCCCCCAAAAAGCAGGCUAGCACCAGCAGCAGCAGCAUGGGCACCACAACUACUAGCACCUCCAGCACGCCUAAGCCCACACGCCGACAUCCACCAAAAAUAACAACAACAACAACAGCUGCGCCCGUUGUAAGCACCACAACAAUCGUUACGACGCUGCUAACCACCGAAGCGCCCAAAUUGCAAACCAAACCAAUAGCAACACCCUCAGCAACAGCAACAACAACGACCAAGAAACCAGGUCUAAUCACCUGGACUGAUGUUGAAGCGGAGCCGACUACAAAUGCGACCAUUUCCAGCAACUGGCAGUCGGGACAGUCGGCGGAUUGGGUGCCAUUGCCCACUCUGUUGCCGGAGUUGUACAACAAGACGACAGCAACGCCCAGCGCCACAGACAAGGUGGUUAUCUCUGUGGCCACCAGUGUCAGCACCAGCAGCGAUUCAAAGCCAGGACAGAGUCAAAUGCAUGCAGAAACAAUGGCAACCACCGCUAGCAAUACAAAGCCGCAUAGAACCACUAGCAGGCCAACAGCUACCACAACAACAACAGCUGCAACAAAAGCACCAGCAACACCACCAACAACAAAACGUACAACUGUAACCAGCAAAACUACAGAUGCACCAUCAACAAAAACAACUACAAGAACAACGACAACAACAACAACAACAACGGAGCGCAUUGAAUUAGUAUCCUCGACUUCAACUCAAGCAGAAUCAAGCAGCGAGUCGAGCGGCAGCAGCAGCAUCGACAGCACCACAACGGAUUACAGCGAGGAGCUAAAUACAACGAUCGAUGCAACUGGGAAUACAACUGUAGCGCCUGCCACUGGCUUGGAGGGCGUCGAUUACCGGGAAGUCUGUGGACGUCGCAUGUUCCCCGAGCCGCGCAUCGUUGGCGGCGCAAACGCAGCCUUUGGACGCUGGCCCUGGCAGAUAUCGCUUCGUCAAUGGCGCACCUCCACCUAUUUGCACAAGUGCGGAGCUGCGCUGCUCAACGAGAACUGGGCAAUCACCGCAGCGCAUUGUGUUGACAAUGUACCGCCCUCCGAUCUGCUGUUGCGUCUGGGCGAAUAUGAUCUCGCCGAGGAGGAGGAACCCUAUGGCUUCCAGGAGCGACGUGUCCAAAUUGUUGCCUCGCAUCCACAGUUUGAUCCACGCACCUUUGAAUACGAUUUAGCCUUGCUCAGAUUCUAUGAGCCUGUGGUCUUCCAGCCAAAUAUUAUACCCGUUUGUGUGCCUGAAAACGAUGAGAACUUUAUUGGCCAGACGGCCUUUGUUACCGGCUGGGGUCGCCUUUACGAGGAUGGUCCGCUGCCCAGCGUGUUGCAGGAGGUCGCUGUGCCUGUCAUCAACAACACCAUUUGCGAGUCGAUGUAUCGCUCUGCGGGCUACAUUGAGCACAUACCGCACAUAUUCAUCUGUGCCGGCUGGAAGAAGGGCGGCUACGAUUCCUGUGAAGGUGAUUCUGGUGGCCCCAUGGUGCUCCAGCGUGAGUCGGAUAAGCGUUUCCAGCUGGGCGGCGUCAUCUCGUGGGGCAUUGGCUGUGCGGAGGCAAAUCAGCCGGGCGUUUAUACGCGCAUCUCCGAGUUCCGAGACUGGAUCAAUCAGAUUCUACAGUUUUAGUCGCAUCGUAGUCUUCGCCUGUGUAUUAUGCCUAAUCCUUAGUGAAUGCCCAGCACCUGAAUCGAUGUUGAUAUCGAAAUUGAAAUCGAUAUCGAAACCGCAAUUCAAACUUGAACUCGUGCUUCGGUUAUCGCCACUCGCUCCACUCAUCUUAUGGAGUUUUGCGCAUAACCCAAGCAACGAUUUCAGUUACUCCUCAUCCCCCCAAUUUCACCUCCAGCACACAGCACAAAUAACACAAAAACACCACGAAAAACAACAACAA